AUUUAUUAUAGCGCUCUGUUUGAAAUUCGGCUGGUCGUAAUGUGGAUUGCCAGAAAAUGACUAAUACUGGUGUGUUUCAUCUGGAUAUGCCAGAAGGUCCAAGUUAUGACGAUAGUGAAGAGAAUUCUCAUGACUUCUGUCCGACAACUGGAGGGGUGGAGGACGAGUUUCUUGAGCGUGGUCCACUAAAACCAGAGGAGCUCAAUGAAGAUAUCGAAACGGUUGAAAUAUGCGAAGAAACUGUUAAUCCCGGACAACCGAAGGUCCGGCCACACGAUUUUCAACUUCUUAAAGUCCUGGGUAAAGGGGGUUAUGGAAAAGUUUUUCUAGCUCGAAAGAAUGAUAGCGGACAGACCUAUGCUAUGAAGGUCCUCAAAAAGGCCUCAAUCGUGACUAAUGCGAAGGACACUGCUCACACCAAAAGCGAAAGGAAUAUACUGGAAAUGAUUAAACACCCAUUUCUAGUUCAAUUGCACUUUGCCUUUCAAUCCCCUGGGAAGCUAUACCUUGUCCUAGAGUUUUUGGCUGGUGGGGAACUUUUUAUGCAGCUUGAAAAAGAGGGUGUUUUUAUGGAGGAUCAAGCUAGUUUUUAUUUGGCGGAAAUAACUCUUGCCAUCGGUCAUCUUCAUUCAAUGGGGAUCGUUUAUCGAGAUUUGAAACCCGAAAAUGUACUGUUAGAUCACCAAGGUCAUGUGAAACUGACAGAUUUUGGAUUGUCUAAAGAGAGAGUCGACCGUGACAACUUAACACAUACUUUCUGUGGAACUAUUGAGUACAUGGCUCCCGAAAUACUGUUACGUCAAGGACACGGAAGAGCCGUUGAUUGGUGGAGUCUCGGCACACUAAUGUAUGAUAUGCUUUCGGGAUCUCCUCCAUUUACAGGCGAUGAUAGAAGACAAACUAUUGACUUGAUAUUACGAGGGGACUUUAUACCUGUACCUUAUUUAAGUCGCGAAGCUGUAUCACUUAUUUCCAAGCUUUUGGUUGUUGAUGUCAGCAGACGCCUUGGUUCUGGACCAUCUGAUUCCGAGGCAAUCAAAAUGCAUCCGUUUUUCCGUAAUACUGAUUGGGAUCGUGUUCUGAAGAAGCAGGUUGAACCACCUUUCCGACCCACUUUGACAUCUGACACAGAUGUUUCUCUUUUCGAUCCAAAAUUCACUCAAGAAAAUCCCGUUGAAAGUCCGGAUGAGGGUUUGCCAAUAUCUGCGAUGGUUUCUGAUGUUUUUGAAGGAUUUACUUAUGUCGACCCUCAAAUUCAUAUUGACAUGGCCCGUGAUCCCUGGGUAUCUACUUGGCAAACCAGUUCACGAUCACGUCGAAGAUCUGGAAUUUCAUCUAGCAGUUCUCCAGGUUUCGUCGGACAUACAAUAAUGGGGAAUCCCAAUACUCUUAUGCAAGGAACUGAUGUUCUUCACACUCAAACCCCUCAUCCCGAACAGCUACAUUCUACAUUGGCUACUCAUCCAAAUACUAUUCAAACUUCUAUCCCGGCUCAACCACAGCCGUUUGUUUUUGCUGAGGAUUUCGAGGAUAUGGACGUCACUAGUACUAAUCAAACUUUUAGCAACAACCCACUUGAUAAUCAUCCAACAGCUAUUAAUACUGUCAAUAUGUCUAACAACAAUUCUGUAAGACACGCGUAUGCUUCGCCUCUUGGUUCUCAUCGGUUAGAAAAUGGUCGGGUGAUGGAAACCAAUGUUUGUGAUGCAUAUUCAACACGCUCGAGCGAACAUGUUAAUGGAAUAAUUCCAAAGUCACUUGAUACACGUCUGGUGAACCCAUCAAGUUCUGCUGCUGCACAAGUAUCGGCACUUGCUGCAGCAGCGCUUGCUACUUCUUCCCGUUUGGUUGGUUCUGUACAAACUCCUCCAAUUGCGUCUUAUAACUCUCCCAAUCGACCUACCAUGAAUGACCAUAUGAUGUUUGAUCCUCAAAAUAUUAGACUUAUGAACCUAGGAAGACCCCAGUCACAAACUCCACUAGCCGCAAUAGAGAGUUUGCAUACCCAGAGGAAGUAGUUUCUGUUCAAAAAGGAGUAAUCAAGUUGUUUAAUUUUUCUAAGUUUCUCAGGCUUCGUAAUUUUAUUUAUGUAUGAACUAAGUGAAUGACCGUGUAUUAUGAUGAACGUCUAGCUUUAUUUCAUGAAUGUCAGAAUUUUGAUGCAAAUCUUUGUCAUUUUCCCAUUUCCGAUGUGCGUAUUUUCUAUGCAACUGAUAUAUUUUAUUUUGUCGUGUGCUAUUUUCAUCCCAAAUAAGCUCAUCUGUGACAGUGUUUCUUCAUGUACAGUGGCUUACACAUACUGUUCACAAGAUUCUAAUGUUCAUACAAUCAAUAAAUUUCGUUGUUUAAGGUAGUGUUUUUGAUUCCUACCUGGGAAAUUUAUAUAUAUAUAUAUAUACCGAUUGUAUUAUGGGAGUUUUGUAAACAUGUAUUUUUUCCAUUUCAUUCUCCGAUCUUUUCUUGAAGUAUCAUUUUGGAUUAAAUCUUGAUUACAAAGUCUUUGAUCAUAAACAAGUAAAAAGUAUUUCCAGACAAUGCUUUUCAUGGAUAUAUAAUUUACUUAUAUCACGAAUAAAUUCAUUGUUAUUUUGACCCAGUGGAUGUUUUCAUCUAACCAAUCAUGGUACAUUCAUAUUUUUUGCUUUAUUAUAUUAUAACACUCGGUAAACCGAGUGAUUUCCCCAACUAUCAGAUUUAUCAAACUCUUUAGAUAUUUCUCUUUAUAUUCUUAUUUCACUUAGAAUCCCUGUUAAAUUGUUGACUAAUUACCAUCCCUAAUUUGAACACUUGCAUGUUAGUGUACAUUUUUUGUCAGUAUUUUAUGCGUUUUCCCUUUGCGUUGUUUUCAUUUUUGCAAUUAUCUAAUUUAUCUAUUAGUUCAAGCCAAGCUAACAAAUCAGUUAUUUGGUUUCUACAAUCAUGUAUUUAUUCCAACGUUAGCUAUUGUCCUUUUCUUUACCUACUCAUUAAGCAUUCCUACCUCGAUAGUUAUUUUCACCUUCAUAAAUCUUGCCGUGGAAAUUUUCUUGGUUUAUAAAAAUGUUUGACACAUCUGUAUGGAAAAUGCGAUAUUUUUUGAAGCACCAUUUGUGCCUCUCAUUUUUUUAAUUUUUGCUAUUCUGUUCAGCGUCGUAUUCAUAUUGGGUUGACGCUAUGUGGUUUGAUUAUGUACUAUAUGAGUCUACCAGCGUAUUCUUCAUCAUUGUUUCUGUAAUAAAAAAAGAUAUUUGACUUACUAUCUUUAAGUUUACAGGGCUUCCUGGAACAUUAAACUUGACUGGUGCUUUACUACUUAUAUCAUUUUUCCUCUGACUACUAAAAUGUUUCUUUGAAUCUUAUAUUACUUAUCACUUUGUUAACGCUGUUUUGAUAUUUCUGUUUAUGCUGAUAUGAUAUUGUUAUUAUUCAGCCUCUUGAGUGGAAAAAUGACUUUUUAUGUUAUUAUGUAAAUCAGUGAGUUUUUCUCUUAUUCUUUUUCUUUAUUUUUAAGACCCCAGUUCGCUUUCAUCUGAUGUUUCACUGUUUUCCUACAAAGAUUUCUUGUAACUCAGCCGUAACUGCCUUUUAACGGUGAUUCGAAUAAAAUUCAUUCUUUUUCAU